GGCGCUGGGGUCUGGGGGCACUGCUCAGCGGUGCUAGGCUGGCGCGGCUUGAGCCGCCGCCGCACUGACAGCUCGGUCUGCGGACCAUGGAGACCGGCGCCGGUCCACACCCGCUGCGCCUGUUCCUCUCCCGGAUGCCGCUCUGUCUCGUGCUGCUUUUGGGACCCUGGCGGCCUGGGACCGCCGAGGAAGUCAUCCUCCUGGAUUCCAAAGCCUCCCAGGCCGAGCUGGGCUGGACUGCACUGCCGAGUAAUGGGUGGGAGGAGAUCAGCGGUGUGGAUGAACACGACCGUCCCAUCCGCACAUACCAAGUGUGCAAUGUGCUGGAGCCCAACCAAGACAACUGGCUGCAGACUGGCUGGAUCAGCCGCGGCCGCGGGCAGCGCAUCUUUGUGGAGCUGCAGUUCACACUCCGUGACUGCAGCAGCAUCCCUGGCGCCGCGGGCACCUGCAAGGAGACCUUCAACGUCUACUACCUGGAAACUGAGGCCGACCUGGGCCGCGGGCGUCCCCGCCUAGGCGGCAGCCGGCCCCGCAAAAUCGACACGAUCGCGGCGGACGAGAGUUUCACGCAGGGCGACCUGGGUGAGCGCAAGAUGAAGCUGAACACAGAGGUGCGCGAGAUUGGCCCACUCAGCCGGCGGGGUUUCCACCUGGCCUUUCAGGACGUGGGCGCCUGCGUGGCGCUUGUCUCCGUACGCGUCUACUACAAGCAGUGCCGUGCCACUGUGCGGGGCCUGGCCGCGUUCCCAGCCACCGCAGCCGAGAGUGCCUUCUCCACACUGGUGGAAGUGGCCGGAACGUGCGUGGCGCACUCGGAAGGGGAGCCUGGCAGCCCCCCACGCAUGCACUGCGGCGCUGACGGCGAGUGGCUGGUGCCUGUGGGCCGCUGCAGCUGCAGCGCGGGAUUCCAGGAGCGUGGUGACAUCUGCGAAGCCUGUCCCCCAGGGUUUUACAAGGUGUCCCCGCGGCGGCCCCUCUGCUCACCGUGCCCAGAGCACAGCCGGGCCCUGGAAAACGCCUCCACCUUCUGCGUGUGCCAGGACAGCUAUGCUCGCUCGCCCACCGACCCGCCCUCUGCGUCCUGCACCCGGCCGCCGUCGGCGCCGCGGGACCUGCAGUACAGCCUGAGCCGCUCGCCGCUGGCGCUGCGACUGCGCUGGCUGCCGCCGGCCGACUCGGGAGGCCGCUCGGACGUCACCUACUCGCUGCUGUGCCUGCGCUGCGGCCGCGAGGGCCCGGCGGGCGCGUGCGAGCCGUGCGGGCCGCGUGUGGCCUUCGUACCGCGCCAGGCAGGGCUGCGGGAGCGAGCCGCCACGCUGCUGCACCUGCGGCCCGGAGCGCGCUACACCGUGCGCGUGGCCGCACUCAACGGCGUCUCGGGCCCGGCGGCCGCCGCGGGAGCCACCUACGCGCAGGUCACCGUCUCCACCGGGCCCGGGGCGCCCUGGGAGGAGGAUGAGAUCCGCAGGGACCGAGUGGAACCCCAGAGCGUGUCCCUGUCUUGGCGGGAGCCCAUCCCUGCCGGAGCCCCUGGGGCCAAUGGCACGGAGUACGAGAUCCGAUACUACGAGAAGGGUCAGAGUGAGCAGACUUACUCCAUGGUGAAGACAGGGGCGCCCACAGUCACUGUCACCAACCUGAAGCCAGCUACCCGCUACGUCUUUCAGAUCCGGGCUGCUUCCCCGGGGCCAUCCUGGGAGGCCCAGAGCUUUAACCCCAGCAUUGAAGUGCAGACCCCGGGGGAGGCUGCCUCAGGGUCCAGGGACCAGAGCCCCGCUGUUGUCGUCACCGUAGUGACCAUCUCAGCCCUCCUCGUCCUGGGCUCCGUGAUGAGUGUGCUGGCCAUUUGGAGGAGGCCCUGCAGCUAUGGUAAAGGAGGAGGGGACGCCCAUGAUGAAGAGGAGCUGUAUUUCCACUUCAAAGUCCCAACACGUCGCACAUUCCUGGACCCCCAGAGCUGUGGGGACCCACUGCAGGCUGUGCAUCUGUUCGCCAAGGAACUGGAUGCGAAAAGCGUCACGCUGGAGAGGAGGCUUGGAGCAGGGCGGUUUGGGGAGCUGUGCUGUGGCUGCCUGCAGCUCCCCGGUCGCCAGGAGCUGCCUGUAGCCGUGCACACGCUGAGGGACAGCGCCUCCGACUCACAGAGGCUUGGCUUCCUGGCGGAGGCCCUUACUCUGGGCCAGUUUGACCAUAGCCACAUCGUGCGGCUGGAGGGUGUUGUCACCCGAGGAAGCACCUUGAUGAUUGUCUCCGAGUACAUGAGCCAUGGGGCCCUGGACGGCUUCCUCAGGCGGCACGAGGGGCAGCUGGUGGCUGGGCAACUGAUGGGGUUGCUGCCUGGGCUGGCAUCAGCCAUGAAGUAUCUGUCAGAGAUGGGCUACGUUCACCGGGGCCUGGCAGCUCGCCGUGUGCUGGUCAGCAGCGACCUUGUCUGCAAGAUCUCUGGCUUCGGGCGGGGCCCCCGGGACCGAGCAGAGGCUGUCUACACCACUAUGAGUGGCCGGAGCCCAGCGCUGUGGGCCGCCCCUGAGACGCUUCAGUUUGGCCACUUCAGCUCUGCCAGUGAUGUAUGGAGCUUUGGCAUCGUCAUGUGGGAGGUGAUGGCCUUUGGGGAGCGGCCUUACUGGGACAUGUCUGGCCAAGACGUGAUCAAGGCUGUGGAGGAUGGCUUCCGGCUGCCACCUCCCAGGAACUGUCCUACCCCUCUGCACCGACUAAUGCUCGACUGCUGGCAGAAGGACCCAGGUGAGCGGCCCAGGUUCUCCCAGAUCCACAGCAUCCUGAGCAAGAUGGUGCAGGACCCGGAGCCCCCCAACUGUGCCCCGACUACCUGUCCCAGGCCUCCCACCCCACUAGCGGACCGUGCCUUCUCCACCUUCCCCUCCUUUGGCUCUGUGGGCGCGUGGCUGGAGGCCCUGGACCUGUGCCGCUACAAGGACAGCUUCGCAGCUGCUGGCUACGGGAGCCUGGAGGCCGUGGCCGAGAUGACCGCCCAGGACCUGGUGAGCCUAGGCAUCUCUUCAGCUGAACAUCGAGAGGCCCUCCUCAGCGGGAUCAGCGCCCUACAGGCACGAGUGCUCCAGCUGCAGGGCCAGGGGGUGCAGGUGUGAGUGGACCCCAUUCUUCAAGGCAGGACUCCGGUGGGGGUCCAGACCCCCAGCCCUGCCCAAGGACCGUGGCAAGCUGUGCUCCAGCAGCGUGGGAGGGAGCACUCUCUUCCUCCGCUUGGGCCCAGAUCUGGUUUGGGGCCCCAGCUUCCCCGCUUUCACUGCCUGCCCCUCCCAUUUUCACCAGUCUAAACACCUUCACUAACUCAGUGCCCCGGAAAAGAGGUUCAAGUCCCUAGAGAGGACCCCUGAGAUAACAGCAGGAGGAAAUUCGGGGUCUCAGAGAAGAGCUGGGGCAGGGAUUGGAGGGAAGACAGUGGGUUGAGAUUGCCCUGGCUCAUGCCCUACUGCCAUUCAUACCCACUAGGGGCUGGGGCCUACCCCGUGGGGUGUUCCCUUUUCCCACAGACCCAUUGACCAGUCAGACAGCGUGGGUCCCAGGGGGCUCUUGUUCUACCUGGCAGUGACUGCAGCUGCCUGGUGGCUCAGGCCUCGGGGGCUGUGCCAGAGACGCAUCGUCCUCAGCUCCCUGUGCCUUGGCAGGGGCUGACUGGACACUGGCCAAGGCCCGGGCAGGCAAAGAUGGUGCUGAGCUCAGGGGCUGACGCCCAAGAGCCCUAGACUCAGGAGCUGGUUUCUGUGUUCCCCUGCCUUGAGCUGACAGUUCAGGGUGAGGCCAAGAAUCCUGACCAGGCUGGGUCAUGCAAGGCCCUGGUGUUCCCUGGGGCUCUAUGAGGCCCUCGUGUGCAUUCCUUUAUGAACUCAGUGGCCAGGACAUCUGGGAAAAGCAUAAAGGGCCAUGUCAUCUCCCCAGGGACCCAGGAGCUUUUCUCUCCAGCCUUGGGGAGGGUGAAGAGGAGACUCAGAGACGGGUCCUCUCUCUCAAACAGGCUGGUCUAACACCCAGUGUACAGAUGGGGGAACUGAGGCCAAGUGAGGUGUCAGGGUCAGAGCAGGGGUCAGAACCCAAUCCAGGGAUGAGGCUGGCUCUGGAGAGAGAGUCCUUGGUCCUGCCCUAUGGCACCCCCACUUCCCUGUACAGCCCGUGGGGACUCUAGAGGUGACCCACUCCAGCCAGCUCCGUGCCUUGGGCACUAGCCAGCCUUCCAUGGAGCCCCUCCCUGCUCUGACUUCGUGGAGCCCUGGCAGGAGUGGUUGUGCUGAGCCCACCAUGGAGUUCCUUAUCCACAAGGGCCCCCGGGAAUGGUGGGGCCCAGGAUGCCAGGGCUUUUCUAGGGUAGCAGGAAGGCAGCUGGAUCUUGGCAGGGCCACAGGGGCUGAGUUUGUUCAGGCCACCCCUGACACUUGUCUGCUGUGCUUGGCUGUGUGUGGGUGGGGUGGGAUGGAGCGGGAAGGAGAAGACAAGGGGUAGAGAAAAGAGAUGAAAAAGACACACAGCCUGCCCUUGGGGGGCUCAGACGAGACCAGGAGAAGAGCUCAGGUACCAAGAAGUAAUUCCAGGGCACCAUCCACCAGUGCCCAGGGCCCCCAGGAGCCCUCUGGGUCAGUGGGUGAGUGGGCUGGAGGGGGAGAUAGCCACUCUCAUGAAGUGUGAAGCUGAGAUGUAAGUUGAACAAGGCCUUGCAGGUGGGAAAGGGAAGGUUCUUACCUUGGGGUGCGUGGAGUGUUCGGCAGGCAAGAUGGCAGGCCUCAGACAAGAGGAGUCCGUGCAGAGAGGCUAGCAUGAGAAAGAGCCCAGAGGCGGAAGGUGCAGUGCAUCUUUGCAGAGCACCCCAAGGUGGGGGACAGUGACUCACAGCGGUGCCUUUGGCCCCACCCUGCCAGCAGCAGCUCCUCUGCUCUUGGAAUAUCCCCCAGCCCCCUGCCUCCCCGUCUCCUGAGCACCUGCCCCAGCUCAGUGACUCUGGAGGUACUGGGGAGACCAAGAUGUUGCUACCACCUUUGUCAGGGUUAGGGGAGCCCCCGGCCAGGUGCCCUCCAGGAUCCGCCUUCCCCACCCCUCCUGGGAAGCCUGGACCAGCAUCCCUUCUUGGGUGGAUGGAGCCUCAUCCCCAUCUCCAGCUACAUCAGUCAUUCUCUGCAGGGAAAAGUCUCCUCCCGCUACCCCAGCUGUUCCUGCAGAAGGGCCCCUGGCUGUGUUGGCAGGACUUCGGUGUCCAGGGUAGAUCUCCCCUCCACUGAGGAGUGAGGUCCCAGAAUCCUGAUGGGUCCCAGGCCUCAGCCCUGCACAGGCGUGAUGCGGGGCGAUGGCUCUCUGGGAACCCUCUACAGAUCUAUUUUUAUAUGGAACUUGUUCGCUGGACAGAGGUGGCCUGCAAGCCCCCAUUACCCUGGUCUGAGCUCACCCUGGGAGGGAGGGGGCCAGUCGGAGGGGGUUCCUUCUGGACAUGUUUUUAUAUUUCCUGGGUUCUCUAUGCAGGAUAAUAAAAACUUGUCUGUGAUAGGGUGCCUCUUUGAGUGACCGUUUCUUGAUCAUUGUAUAGCUGGUGUGGAAGGGUUUCUGCCCCCUUCCUCGGGGACAGGGAUGUCCAGAGUGUGCAUCUGAGAUGUCUUUGCAUAGAGGUGAGUCCAACACUGCUCCUGCCACGAAAGAUGCCCCAGGAUCCGUGGCAGGACGGUGUGACCCAGGGUACUGAGGGGAACUGGGUGCCCUGGGUGUGUAGAGAAGUCUGUCACCCAGUCUCAGGAGCAGUAGAACAAGGGAGGUGUCCCAGACACAGUGGGGUCCUUUGCUGGGAUAGACAGUACCAGGGAGGGCAGAGACCAGGAAAGGAUGCCCAGCACUCAGUUUUGGAUAUGUGUUUGAGAUGCCCGUGGGAUGUGCGGCAGAGAUGUCUAGGAGGCAGGUGGAUAUCUGGUCUGAACCUCGGAGCACAGAUGUAAGUUAGAGACAGAGUUUUGGGGUCAUCAGCGUUCAGAUGGGGGUGGAAGCCGCGGUGAGAAGGAGGUCACCCGGCCAGCAUGUGCAGGAGAGGGGAGACGUCAGCGUUGGAGGCACCUGGAUGAAGGGGAGCAGUGGGAGAGGCCAGGAGGAGCUGUGCCAUUGCUGCUGAAGAGCAAGUUUUGGUGUUAAAUACAGAGAAAAUGGCCGGGGAUUUGCCGUCCCACAGCUCUGGAGGCUGGAAGUCCAAGAUCGAGAUGUGGACAGGGUCGUUUCCUCCGGAGAGCUGUGAGGGAAGCUUCUGCUCUGGGCCUCUCUCCCUGGCUUGCCUGUGGCCAUCAUCCCACUCUGUCUCUUCACAUCAUCUUCCCUCUGUAAGUCCAAUUUCCCGUUUUUAUGGAUGCCAGUCAUAUUGGACUGGUCCAUUACCAGCCCACCCUAACAGCCUCAUUUUAACUUAAUCACCCCUUUAAAGGCCUGUCUCCAAAUACAGUCACCUUCUGAGCUACUGGGAGUUAGGACUUCAACACAGAGGCCUGGUGGGGAGCACAGUUCAACCCGUAACAGCGACUUUGUUGUCAGGGCAGAAGCCAGAUGAGAGGAUUGGGGAGUGGAGUUUGGGAAUCUUUGAGGAGUCCAGCGAAAGGAGGAAGAGUGGGCUGAGACAAUGACCAGGACAGGCUGCGGGUGUGAGCCAAAGGGUGCAUGGGCAAGGCCUGAGAGCCCAUGCAUGGGCACACAUGUGCACACACACUUGGACCACAUGAGUCCUUGCAUGUCUCAGUUGGCUUUCUAGUGCUUCUCCUCUCCGUGGCCCAGGCCAUUCACGUUCUUUAGGCUGGGGAAGGCGUCUUCCUCAUCUGCAUAGCUCAGGACAUGGGAAGUGCUUAGGGCAAGGGGUAGGGUGGUGGGGGUGGUGAUAAAUCAUACUCCUUCCCCCAUUUCCUGUGCUCAGAGCCAGUUAAGUACUAAUUCCCUGGGACAGGUGGAGAGUAAAAUAUCAGCUCUUUGAUAAGGCUAACUGGAGAAUGUUGCUUACCAAGUUUCUUUGAAUCUAAGAUGCCAUUGAGUGUAACAUGUCCUACCAAGAAAGAAACAUCACAGUCAACUAUGUUGUGCCAUCCAACCGGAAGAUGCGUCCCAGUUUCAGAGAUGUUAACAUGUACGUCUUCAAUGAAUGAGAUGCUGUGCAUCAGGGACAAA